GGGGGGUUUAUCGAAAACAAAUCAUGAACAUAUACGAAUACAGAUACUGUGUAUGUACAUACACAGUUUAUACGUCAACGCGAAUACACAAUCCAUCCAACUUCCUGCCUGAUCUACGUCGUACUCUCUCUCUCUCUCUCUCUCUCUCUCUCUCUAGAAUCUUCUUCGGUCAUAGCAAAAACAUAGCUCUCGAAGCUUGAAUCCAGUACCAGUAGUGCGCUCGCUCGCCCUCUCUCUCGAACUUGAUAAGACUGUUCGGUUGCUGAUUUGAGAAAUGGAGGAACUUCAGGAGCUGCAAAAUCAGUCAGAUGGUCAAGAUGCUGAAAGUGAAAUUGUUGCUGAAAGUGCUUCGUUUGUUAAUGGAGAACUUCGUCAAGACGGUAGCGGCCCCCCAAAAGUGGAUUCUGAAGUCGAAGUUCUUCAUGAGAAAGUCACUAAGCAAAUUAUUAAGGAAGGUCAUGGUCAAAAGCCAUCCAAAUACUCGACAUGCUUUGUGCACUAUAGAGCGUGGACUGAAAGCACCCAACACAAAUUUGAAGAUACAUGGCAGGAACAACGUCCACUGGAGUUGGUUUUAGGAAAAGAGAAAAGAGAAAUGACAGGACUAGGCAUUGGUGUAUACAGCAUGAAAUCUGGUGAACGUGCACUACUACAUGUUCAUUCGGAACUGGGCUAUGGUAAAGAAGGAAACUUUUCUUUCCCAAAUGUUCCACCCAUGGCAAAUAUUUUAUAUGAAGUGGAGCUCAUUGGUUUUGAUGAGACUCAAGAAGGGAAAGCUCGUAGUGACAUGACAGUAGAGGAGAGGAUUAGUGCUGCUGAUAGAAGAAAGAUGGAUGGAAAUGCUUUCUUCAAAGAGGAAAAACUGGAGGAGGCUAUGCAACAAUAUGAAAUGGCCAUAGCAUAUAUGGGAGAUGACUUCAUGUUCCAAUUGUUCGAUAAAUACAGAGAUAUGGCUUUGGCUGUGAAGAAUCCCUGUCACCUUAACAUGGCAGCUUGCCUGAUAAAACUCAAACGCUAUGAAGAAGCAAUCGCUCAAUGCAGCAUCGUGUUGGUGGAGGACGAAAACAAUGUCAAAGCACUGUUCAGAAGAGGAAAAGCUAGAGCGGAACUUGGGCAAACAGAUGCUGCCAGAGAAGACUUUACCAAGGCAAGGAAAUUUGCUCCAGAGGACAAAGCAAUUCCAAGGGAGUUGCGUUUGCUCGCUGAACAUGACAAGGCCGUUUAUCAGAAGCAGAAAGAGCUGUACAAAGGAUUGUUUGGACCAAGACCUGAGCCUAAACCCAAGCCAACUAAUUGGCUGAUAUUGAUUUGGCAAUGGCUGCUUUCACUAUUCUAUCGCGUUUUCCGGAUUGACAGGCUGAAAGCCGACUAAGCUACACUUUCGAGCAAAUUUACAUGUCGAAUCAGAUUUUGUUUUAAGUAGACAAUAAUAUGAGAUCAUAGACAAGUUGAUUUUUAUGAUGUAGAACAAUAUGCCAUCAUCUGUGUCUUAUAACGCAUAUGGAUUGUCCUUGGAUAUGUUCAACAAGGAGAUGGACUCUCUCUCUC